AUGCCUUCAUAUGCCAAAUUCAUUAAAGAGAUCAUAUCCAAUGAGAAUAAAUUGGAGGAUAAUGAGACAGUCACGCUUACUGCAAAGUGUAACACCUUCAUUCAAAACAACAUGCCUCAUAAGUUAGAGGACCCAGAUAGUCUUUCCAUACCCUGUGUAAUCGAAAAGUAUGCUAGAAAAUAUUCCCAUACGAAUUGGUCAAUUUUAUAUUCCCAUAAACUUCAUAAUACUGGCAUAAAGGAAUAUUCCAACAUUCCAAUCAUAUUAGGAAGACCAUUUUUAGCCACAAUUGGUGCCAUUAUUGAUGUGAAACAAGGAAAACUAACCUUCGAGGCACUUGCUAUAGACGAUACUUGUUGUUUCAUAGACAUCAUUGACAAAUAUGUAAAGGAAAUGGAGAUAGAACCACUUAAGGAUACUGAAAUCCUAAAAAUUAUGGCACCUCCUAUAAUAGAAGAUGAUGAAUAA